GUCUUUUUUUUUCAGGUUUGGAAAGGAGAAAAGGAGCAAGUCAGAGCAAAUGAUGAUGUGUGUGUCGUCGAGCAAGAUGCGCUCUCUUUGUGUGGUCCUCUGGGCGGUGGUUGCGGUGUGGGGAGGAGCUGGCGUCGUGGGAGGAGCGGUCGGCCUCUCACCUCCGCCAGCAACGAAUCUUCGACCGAUUGUGGGCAUUUUGACGGUGCCGACGGAGGGCUCCGAGUGCGGCACGUUUUACCGCGAGCACAAGGCGAUGAGCGGAUCGGGAUCGACUUCUUGCUUUGCCACGGUAUAUGUCAAGUGGCUCGAGUCUGCGGGAGCGCGUGUGGUGCCCAUUCCCUACAACCUGCCGCAUGACGUGCUCCGCGAUCUUGCCGGUAAGUACCUCAACGGGCUGCUGUUUACCGGUGGUGGGACAUCGCUCGAGCCGGAGACCGAGUACUAUCAGGCGGCCAAGGUGCUGUUCGAGGCGGCGAUGGAGGCCAAUGCGCGCGGGGUGUACACGCCAGUCCACGGGACUUGCAUGGGCUUCCAGCUGCUCUCGAUCCUGGUGGCCAACUCGACGAGCGUGCUGGAGAGCGGGUUCGACUCGGAAGACUACUCGAUCCCGCUCGACUUUACGGCGGCGGCAGCGACGUCGCGGAUGUACGGGCCUGCAGCGGCAAACCCGGCGACCGGGGUCUUUGCCACGCUCGCGACCAAGAACGUGACGUCGAACCUGCACCACUCGGGCGUCACGCCCGAGACGUUUGCGACCAACGCCAAGCUCACAUCGUUCCUCACGGUGCUCUCUACCAACCGCGGACGCAAGGGUCGCGCCUUUGUUUCGUCGUUUGAGGGCAAGACCAUGCCGGUGUACGGGACGCAGUACCAUCCGGAGCGACCGGCGUACGAGUUCAACCCGAUUCUCAACCUCAACCACUCAAUCGCGGGCAUCGAGGCGAUGCAGUACCUCGCCAACAACUUUGUGACCGAGGCGCGACGGUCGACAGCUUCGUUCCCGUCGCCGACGGAUGAGGCCAAGGCCCUCAUCUACAACUAUGCGCCACUUGCCAACGGCGAGUCGUACCAGUGCUACUUCUUCGAGUGAUCGAUCAGCUGCCCAGGCUCGAGUGCAAAUGAACCAGCUUUGGAGCCAUGGUAUGCAGUGUACGUGAAAAGCGAGAAAAGAUUGCAGCUCGUGCAAGCCCAAGAUCACACCAGCCUUGAUUUGUGGUAGGUAAAUCAGCAUCGGA